CCCGCUCCCUGGUAACUGGAACGAGGGCCGGUAUUUUUCCGCGCCAAAAGUAGAGUGGGGACCCUGUAAGGAAACGUCGCGAGGGCUGGAAGCGGCAGAGAGAAGGAAAAGGAGGCAGGCUUGGCUCCAAGAACGCUAGGAUCAGGGAAACAUGGAUGCUGGCGAGGGGCAUUCAAGCAGUGGCUCAGUGAAGAAGAGAAAGUAUUAUUGCUGUUUUAAAGAUGAAUGGUGCAAAGAAGAACCAUUCAAAGGCUGGCUUCAGAAAGUUGACAUGGUGACAGCUGAAUGCAUACUGUGUCAUCAAGGAUUUUCAAUAAAAUAUGAGGGAAGAGGAGCAGUGACCAGCCAUGCUGAGAGCUCAAAACAUAAAGAGUUAGAGAAACAACACAAAGAAAUGCCAGAAAUGCUGUCCUUUAUUAACAAAGCAAACUUCUCCCAAGAAGAUAUGGUGACUGCAGCUGAAGUGGCACAAGUUUAUCACAGCAUUGUGCACCAUUUGAGUUAUGCAAACCAAGCGUGUGCAUACAAAACACUCUCAAGAAUUUUACCUGAUUCUGUGGUUGCGAGAAAAAUGUCUUGUGGGCGCACAAAAGCCACCAGCAUUGCGGAGAGUGUUUUGGCACCCAAAUCCCGAGAGCUUUUGCUGAAGGACUUAGAGGAGGCGCCUUUUUUUUCAGUUGGAUCCGAUGCCUCCAACAAGAGAAAUAAGAAAUUUUUUCCAGUAACCGUGCGUUACUUUUCUGUGACAGAAGGCGUUAAGCAGGGCUUGCUUGAUUUUUACAAUGAGCUGACAAGUGAUUCAAUUGCAACCCGGAUUGCCAUUAUUCUACAGGAGAAUGGUCUCAAUGUGAACCGGGUGUCCUCUUACAUGGUUGAUAAUGCUUCUGUGGAUUUUGCAAAACACUGGGCAGUGUUCCAGGACCUCAAGCAGCUUAAUGAUGGACUGUUACAAGUGGGAUGUAUGGGCCGUGUCAUCCACAACUGUCUGAAAAAGGGGAUGCGAGCAUUAAGCUUUGAUGUAGAAACACUCAUUUUCAAGAUAUACAGUGAGUUUUCAUCCUCGCCGAAGAAGACAGAGUCUCUAACGUCCUUUUUUGAGUUUGUGGAAACAGAUUACAAAGAUGUGCUUCAGCAUGUGUCAACAGGGUGGCUUUCUCUUCUGCCUGCUGUUGACCGAGUCCUAGAAAGCUGGUCAGUGUUGAGGGCGUACUUCUUAUCAGAGGGGGAAGAAGAAUGCGUGAAGAUUGUUUGGGAAGCGUUCAGUGCAGAGGAGCAUGCGUCUCUCCCUCUUUGUUAUGUUCACUUUGUGCACAACUUGAUGAGAAUAUUUUCUGAGGCUGUGAAAAAACUGGAGUGUGACCAUGUCGGCAGCACAGAACUGCACAGUGUCCUGGAAGGCCUCCAUAUAAAGCUCAAGAGAAGAAAAGAGGAUAAAUUCUAUGGAAGAUCUGCCCAAGUCAUUCUGGGCAACAUCUCUGCAUUUGAGAACAGGAAAUUCUCCGAGGAAGCAGAGAACAUGUUGACACGGUGCAUUGCCUACCUGGAGGAUUGUUACAGUUUCAAAACAUCAGUUUUUGAACCAAUGUCAGUGCUCUCGCUGAACAAUGAAGUCAAGUGGUCUGAUUUGGUGACCCUUGUGGCAGCCCUCCGUAUUGAGAUAGACAUUGACCAACUGUACAACGAGUACUGUGUUUUACAGAAAUUCAGAGAAGAGAUUGUCUCCAAGGAGCAGAAAAUAGAUCAGCGAUGGGUGAAAGUUUUCCGGCAAAUACCAGAACGUGGGGACAGCCAACUGUUGAAGUUGGUCUCUUUCGUGCUCUCCAUUCCUGUAUCCAACACCUUUUGUGAGAGAAUUUAUAGUCUCAUGGCACAACUCUGGAGCAAGGACCGAAACAGACUGAGCGAUAGCGUGGUGAAAGCAGAGUUGCAGGUGCAAUUGAACUUCAAUAUCUCCUGUGCGGAAUUCCAGGAGUUUCUGUACAAGAACCCGGAGUUACUUAGAGCAGCAAGGGGCCAGCAGAAAUACCGAUUUAAAAAGGAGGAACCAGAGGGCGCCGCUUUUCCCCUGGCACUCCAGUUUUAAGAAAGAUUGUGGCAAAGCUGAGGAAAACCUUGGAAGGGAGCAACUGGAAGAUGGCGUUGUGUGGAUGUCCCAGAAAACACUGAACUGGUUUGAAAGGCAGAGUGAAGAAAAGCAGCAGUGAGAACACUGUUCUCCUCUCCUGUUCAGUGGACUGCGAAAUGGGACAACUUAGUUUGAACCGUCUCUGUCGGGGAAGUUCCUCAAAAACACGGAGCUUUGAGGUUAUCUUCCCGUUUGGAGUGCUAAUGUUAGCUGGCACGAUGCAAGCUGACCCGCAUGGCCUUCCCCUCGGAAGAUCUACUGCCUCGUAGCACAGGGAGGUGCCACAAACUGCCCCCCACUGCCUUCCCUGCUGCUGGCACUGAUACCAUUGAUUGCCGGAAAAGAUGGAGGGAACUAAGGACUACCUUCACUUAACCAUCCUUUGUGUGGGUCCAUUUCAGGUCAUUGAUUUCCAUUAACAGAGAGAAGUAACCAAGUUUAAAAAAAAAAAAACGGCAUCUGCCAUUUUAAAACAUCAUUGUGAGUUUUCCGUCUGAUUACUACAGGUGUGUCUUUUCUUUAAAAUGACUGGUGGACGUGAGGUUAAGAUUUUGACAAAAAAGGAACAUUUGGGCAAAAUUACAUUUGCUUGAUGCCCCGGAAAGUUUCCAUGAAUGGAAGGGGACAAUAACAAUUUUUGCCAGUUUGACUUUCCUGAAGCAGUCCUUCAACUCCUUCCUCAAGCUGUUCCUGGUGUUUCGGUCCUCCAGGAGCAGCACUCGAGGGAUCGAUGGUUGUUGGGGGUU